AUGGUCUCGAAUCGUACUCUUCGAAUGAGUCUACACGGGCUUCGAACUGUGUCCAACUCUACACCGGGGCACACUUGGCCUGAAAUGAUCAACCGCCUUUACUCUUCAGAUCUUCCAGAUGUCACAGUCCCGUUAGAGUACGAUUACGAUUCAAAUGUACAGCAGUCAAUUAUCUCAACAUGCCAAUCCUCUCUUUUCGACAACCCUCUAGGGAUCUACGACUGCGCUGCUUUAGCGGUGUCAGCGCUACUCAUACAAAAGUACAAUUAUACUUUGGAUCCUGCAUCCGCAACUGAAGCAAACAACUUUCUAAAAUUUGGGGAUUUGGCUUCGUUCGAUGGUCUUGGAACUCUCCAGCGGAUCCUCAGUUGUGUUGACGCCUCAGAGCCCAGCGGGAUGACAGCACAUGGGCGUCUACCGGAAACUGAAUUCGGUACCUGGGCGUUGAAUAGCACGAGCUAUUACCACUUUCAUGAGAUCGAAGAGAGUCUCAAUGAUACCCUGGACUACUUGAAGCCUCUCUGCUCCCAGGUGAGGUCACCGGAAGCUGAUAUUGCCGGGCCCGGUGUCACAGUUUCCUACAUAAUUCAAAUAGGACUGCUCGUAUGGUUCUUCAUUUUGUCUUUACUGAUCCCUCAAGAUUCAAUCUACUCAAUGCCCGUGAAGGCGUUAGCUGCAUUAGGGCGGUUCAGGAGAGGCAACGAACAGCAACACUGCUCUACCACGGUGUAUGUGAUGGAACGAUUGCGAGCCUCCAGAUUUGCCGUGGCUUUAUACUCAUCCAUCAUCGACUUCCAAGAAGCACAAGCCUUCUUCACGUUGGCAGUGCAACUAGCUACGAUUGUCAUGUUCAUGACCGACCAGGUCCCCGUCAUCCGCAUCGACUGGCGGGCGGCCCGGAUCUACUCGGCUGGAAACACGCUUGUUGUCCUUCUCAUGCAGUCAGAAAUACAACGAAAAGGGAUGAGAUGGUGGUAUAUGUUCUUUCUCACCUUCGCCGUCGGCGUUCUGGGCAUGGUGAUUCGAAACCUUGGCUCAGAAGCGCCAAUCACGCUGGGCGCGAUAGCCAAGUGCGGCAAUCGGAGUCGAAACAUCAUGCAGACGUGCUACAACAACGGAUCGUCUGCUUUCAGAGAUGCAUUUCGGGACGAAGACCGGGGUGGGUCGGACUACUUCAUCAGCUUCUUGUUCAGCACAGUCGUCCUAUCAAUUGACCAGCUAGGACACAUCCCGCGCCUGCGGCGGAGUCUUCAAUCGAAACUGGAAUACUGGCCGGGCAGACUCCCUCUUUUUAUCUCGCUCCUGCGGUUCGGUUCGGUCAUCUGGGGUGCUACAUGGUUUGUAUCGAAUGUCCUGCUAGCUUCACUCCUCAUGAGAAACGCAACAGCGAUCCUCAACGAGAUGGGAGGUUUAGUAUGGGACAGGGAUAAAUGGACGUUUGGUCAGAUCAUAGCAGUGCUGCCAUGGGCUCCAGUGAUAUCUAAGUACCUAUACUGCAGUAUUUGGAACUUUGGCUCUGCCGAAAUGACUGAUAUUGACCGCAUAGUUGGCAUCAUUCAUGGCGUAGGGAGCCGGAUAGACGAUCAUUACGAAGUCGUCCUCAGCGAAAGAUGCCUGCUGAGAGAGCUGUCUCGGCUUUCAGAGUACGAGGGAGAGUUUCAAACGACUGACUACGAUAAUUUGCCUAAUGUGGAAGGCGGCCGAGGAGACGGGAAGGGGCCGGAUCGGGACUCGGAGGAGUGGAGCCAUGUUUCUUUGGACAGCGGCGAGAAUUCCGUCGAAUCCCCCGGGUCUUCCACACAGAGAUUGCUCAUGCCGAGUCCUUGCUGGUCUCCCACCAAAUAUGUCCAUACUUUACGUCGAGAACUAUCUGUACGACAGUUUAAUAUACAGUAA